AUGACGAACAACGAAGAAGACAUCGACCAGAUCAACCAGAUUGCGGAUUGUGUAGGGGAGUCCCUUGGCUUUCUCAUUGGGGCCGUGCCGGUGGUUGGUGGUGUUGCGGGCCCUUUGGCCAGAUUGGGGGGCAAAAAGGCUACCAAACUGGCUUACGACUACUACUUCGCGGACACUGGCGGCGAAGAAGAUCGUGGCUAUGCGAGCCCGGGCAAAAGGGGCCCAGCAGCAACUUCCGGUGGCUAUAGCCCCAGCAAAAGCCCCACCAGAAGCCAGAAAAUGUUUCCUUCAGGGUGGCAAGUUUAUGUUUGUGAUGGACAUCACUCACAUCCUCGUCUCUACGAGGGUGUGGUGGAAGAGCCGCUGCCCCGUGAAAACAAGUAUCGUGUGUGGGUCACCAACCAUCGGAAAGAGGGAGUUGAUGAGGAAUGGACGGUCGUCCGAGACAACGUGGUGCACCGCAAGAUGUACCAGGUGAAUGAAGAGGUUUGGUGGAUGCACCGUGGACACCGUUACAAUGGUUGGGUCGAGCGUGUGGACAAGAGGCCGCAUCUCCGCUACUGCGCGAAGUACAGGACCAAGGGUGGCCAAUGGGACUAUGUGGACCUUGAGCCAGAUGACCUGCGGCUUCGGCGUGUGAGCGGCAAGUACCGCUGA